UUAUGUGUCAAUUGUCAUGUCUCACCAGCGCCACCUUUCCUUCUUUUUGAAGGAGUCGAUUCUUUAGACCACGUUUUCCUAAUCAAAGUUUUUAACUUUUGAAAACAUGGGUCGUGUACGUACAAAGACAGUGAAAAAAGCUUCUAAAGUAAUUAUUGAAAAGUACUACACUCGCCUGACAUUAGAUUUCCACACCAAUAAACGUAUUUGUGAGGAAAUUGCUAUUAUUCCCACAAAACCCCUUCGUAACAAAAUUGCCGGAUUUGUUACACAUUUGAUGAAACGUCUCAGACAUUCUCAAGUACGUGGAAUUUCUAUUAAAUUACAAGAAGAAGAACGUGAAAGACGUGAUAACUAUGUACCAGAAGUUUCUGCUCUGGAACACGACAUUAUUGAAGUUGAUCCAGACACCAAGGAAAUGUUGAAAAUGCUGGAUUUCAAUAACAUUAAUGGUCUUCAACUCACACAACCUGCUACAAAUACAUUCAAUAGGCGUUCUUAAGGUUUUAUAAUGUAAUUGACUAAAUAAAAUAAAUACAAAGUGUUUUUAGA